AUGCCAAAAACUAAACCCAGAUAUUAUGCUGUACGAAAAGGACGUAAACCAGGAAUUUAUUUAACUUGGGAUGAAUGUAAAGCGCAAGUUAAUAAAUUUCCUAAUGCUGUUUACAAAAAAUUUUCUACUCGUACCAAAGCUCAAAAUUUUAAUGAAGAAAAACGUGAAGUUUCUGUUGUUCUAAAUAAUAGUAAAAUCCAAGUUUGGACAGACGGAUUAUCAUUUAAUAAUGGUACAAAAAAAGCUCAAGCAGAUAUUGGAGUUUUCUGGAAAGAUAAUGAUCCUAAUAAUUUGAGUAAAAGAUUACCAGGAUCAGAACAAACUAAUAAUCGUGCAGAAAUAUAUGCUAUAAUUCGUACUCUUGAAAUUUGUGAAAAUAAAACAAAACCUUUAGAAAUAAUGACAGAUAGUAAAUAUAUAAUUAGUAUAAUCAAAGAUUGGGCUGAAAAAUGGGAAAAAAAUAGAUAUAUGAAAACAGUUCAAUUAGUUCAUGUUAGAGGUCAUUUAGGAAAUUAUAGUAAUGAACAAGCCGAUAGAUUAGCCAAACUUGGUUCGUUAAAAGAAGCAGUUACAGAAAUCUCCAAAUUAGAAAAUAAUAUUU